UGACAAUGAUUUAAAUUCAUUACCUUCUUUUAGAUAAAAAUUAAAAGAUGUUUACACAGGCUAUAUCAUGUAUUAUCUGUUUAUCACUAUAUUAUCUGUUUGGUAUGGAGUGUUUACUGUGUUGUCUUUCUGCAGCAGAGAAACACAGGACCUUCAAGAAACCCAGCAGUGCUACUUUCAGAAGAUAUGAAUAUCAGCUUUUCCAGUAUUGAGACUUUGGAAGCCACUCAAACCACCUACAAACCAGACACAGACUGUACCUCUUCCGCCAGCAGUGUCACAGACGUGGGGACUGCACAGAUAAGCUGGCAGGAGAAAAAAGUUGUAGUGUCAGAGUCCAAGGUACUAGAACUGUUCAGAUUCUGCCAAACAUGUGCCACAAUCAUUGAAAAAAGAGAAGUGUCCUAUCUUGGGUCCCAGAUGAGGGUUAAGUGGGAGUGUGCAGAAGGUCACAGUGGAACUUGGACGUCAUGUCCCUCUGAACGUGGAAUGCCACAGUCUAACCUCCUUCUUGCUGCUGCCAUACUAUUUACUGGAAGCACAUUCACCAAGUUGGAAGAGUGGGCCAAACUCAUUAAUCUACAGAUCUUUAGCAGCAGCACAUUCUACGACAUACAAAACUCUUACUUGCAUCCAGUCAUUCAAGCUGAAUUUGAGCUACAGAAAACCAUCGUAUUGGCGAAGUUGUUCAUGGAGCAGCAAGAUGGAAAAAUGACACACCUUUCUUCUGAUGGCCGGUCAGACAGCCCUGGGUUCAACGCAAAAUACACAUCUUACACUUUCAUGGCUGACCCCGGCAGGGAAAUUAUCCAUUCAGAGUUGGUCCAGGUGACCGAGACCACAAGCUCAGGGGCUAUGGAGACUGUUGCGCUCAGGCGUGGAUUGGACCAUCUACUGACAACGGCCUACAUGUGGAGGUCUUGGCAACUGAUCGUUCCACGAGUGUCAAGAAAAUAAUGCGCGAGGAAUAUGAAGAGAUCGAUCAUCAAUUUGAUAUUUGGCACACUGCUAAGAAUAUCCAAAGCAAAUUGAUAGCCAAGUCCAAGAAGAGGGCAUGUGCCGCGUUGAAACCUUGGAUCCGCUCAGUCCGGAACCAUUUCUGGUACUCUACUGCCAAGGCAGGAGGAAAUGUCAAGACACUGAAGUCGACGUGGAAUUCAAUUCUGCACCACAUAAUUGAUGAACAUACAUGGACUGAAGGAGGAACUGAGCAUAGCUGUCAUCACCCACCUCUCACUGAUGAAGACCGGGAGAAAAAAAUGUGGCUGUGUAAGGAUAGUGAAGCAUAUCAGGAGCUGUCUAGAAUAGUCCUCAACACAACACUCCAGAAGGAUCUAGAAAACAUGGUCCGUUUCAAACACACAGGUGCCUUGGAAGUAUUCCACAGUUCCCUCUUAAAAUAUGCUCCAAAGAGACAGUGCUUUUCCUACCAGAGUAUGAAGCAGAGAACAAACUUGGCCAUCAUGCAUCACAAUGAGAACCUGACUCAGAAACCAAAGCUGGAUUCAGAAGGAAAACCUGUGAUCAUUCAAGAAUGGAGCAAGCGUUCAAAAGAAUGGUUCACAAGAAAGAGGUAUCAGCAAACCACAGUCAACUUCAGAACCAGAUUGAUGCAGUUGGUGUUGGAGAGGCGGAAUGAUCCUACUGUCAUCUUCAGGGACACAUCUUCAACUCUUCUUACACCUGACCUGCCUGCUAACAUAGGAACAGUCCCCAAACCAUCCAAAGAUGAUGCAGGCCGUAAACACAAGAGUCGUUUUGCUAAAUGAUUAACUCAUUAACCACCAGUGUCUAUUUAUAAUACAAGCCUCUUGUAAAAAUGAGUUGCAAUUUGUGUGAUUAUCUCAUUACUGUUUGCUAAUGCAUCAGUUCAUUCAUCAGUUUUUUAUAUAAGCUCUGUAUGUGUGGCCAUUUAAUAAAUAUUUAUUGAA